AUGUUACCACAAGAAGAAUCACUUGAUAUUCUAAUUGAAUUUCUCCUUCAACAUGACUAUCAAAAAGUUCAAAAUAUUCCAAUCGAUAUUAUUCGAAAAUAUGUUGAUGAUAUUUUUUUUACGUCGAACGACUCACUAGAAUGUAUCGGCCAAAUAUUAGAUGAAGCUAAUAACUUUCAUCCUAAUAUUAAACUAGUGCGACAAAUUGGUAGAAGUGUUCCAUUUCUUGUUGUACUCAUUGAGAACAGAAAGGGCACUUUAACAACUUCAGUGUAUCAUAAAGAAGCAGCUGAGCCGUAUGUCGUACCAUUUGGAUCAGAUCACCCUGGUCAUGUUUUCCGAAACAAUGUUGAUACUGCUAUUACGAGAGCAGUUCGUUAUUCAACAACCUUAUCUGAAUUCGAAGAAGAAAUACGACAAAUGAAACUCAUGUUUCUCUAUAACGGGUGCGGCUGGGGAAACUAUGGCUAUAAGCACUUAGACGACACAGAUUACUGCUGUAAAACCCAUGAUGAACACUACGACUGGCUUGAGAAUGCUGGCUGUAAUCCAAAAUGGGUAUCCUACGAUUGGACUGGUCGUUCGGGUGGGGAAAUAAUCUGCAACGAUACUCCUGGAACGUGCGAUCGUAGGGCAUGUGAAGUCGACAAGUCAGCUGUCGACUGUUUCGAGAGCCAUCGACGUACAUACGAUACAGAAUAUCUUCAACUCAGUGGCAAAGAGAAACGACGACUUUGCAAUUCACCCACACCCAGAAAUUUCGCCCGCUGA